UGUGUGUGUGUGUGUGUGUGUGCGCGUGUGUGAGAAUCGAAUUGCUAGUGGUGUAUGCUGCCCAUGUUCACCAGAGCAGAGGCUGCCUCAGUGUGGAAAAGUUACAGACGUAAAGCUCCAGACUGGAAUAUACCAAAAACAUGGAAUAAAAUCUAAUCUAAUCCUAAAUGUCUAAUGAACUAUCCUUUAUCAGGACAGUGAUUUUCAAGUCACCCCUCCACACAGCCAUAAAGCCAAAUGGAUUGAAGGAGCCAGAGGGCUUUGAAGAGGGGAGAUACCUGACAAACAGCUGAUCUCUGCCUGACUCUUGUGCAGAUUAUUACUCUUAUUUCUUUGUGUCCCAAAGUAUUUUUUUAACUAAUGGUCUGACAUUUGUGAAGAGCAGACAAGUGAAUCUGUAAAUUCUGGAGCAGUGUAUCAAGAAAAGAACAGAACAUGGUAAAAAUAAACCUCUGGUUAUGGCUCGAAGAGUAAUAAAGAAGACUAGGGUGGUCUGUACUCAGUGUGUUGUGCUGGCCCACUCUUGAGAAUACACAUCGGCAAGAGACAGGACAAAGGUUACUGAGUGGAUCAGGAUUGAGGAAAUACACAGUCUGACUAAUUAGGCAUGAAUAUUAUUUCUUUAUUUAAAAAAAAAAAAAGAAACAUUUUAAUAAUUUCAUACAGAUGUUAUGCUCUGGCUCAGUUGCAUUUUAAUGCUUCACUGCUUUGUUAGGAUUCAUGCCUAUGGGUGGAUAAGACAAGAGGUUUCCAUGGACAACAGCAUAGAUUCUUUGUUAAUCCAGACUUGAAUUAUACUUAGUAUACCACAAACAGAAGGAUUGUUGAGUACUUCAGGCUAAAUAGAACAGCAUACCUGUAACCAAGCUGAUCUGUUCUCCAUAUGAGGACAUGAGACCUACGGCUAAGCAGGAAAAGAAAAAAUUACUGCUCUUAAAAGAGAAGUCUGUUAAAAUAAAACACCAACAAAUGGUGCAUGGGCAAGAACAAACUAAAGGCUGGUUGGAAGUUGACGUCAUGCAUUUGGAGCACUGUAAUAACUCAUUAAUGGAGUCAAACUAACAUGUGUGGGAAGCCAGUCUCAGUGGAAAGCUCAUAAAAUAGACAGGCCUGUAAAUGUGUCCUACUUUGUCAAAAUAUUUAAAAAACAAUGACCAUUACAAAUUCCAUAUCAAGCUAACAACAGAAGAACAUUAAAGCAGGCAGUGAAUUUUAAGGUUGUGAGUAAGUGUUUUUUGAUGUGAUUCAGCUCCUCUUAUUGGUUUUGAUGUUAAAUAUUCACAAACAGGGUCUGGACAUUGUAAAUAGAAUUUUUUUCUGAGGUUGUCAGCAGUUAAGAAACUACUUUUUUUUUUUUUUUUUUUAAAAGGCCUUUGCAUACAUAUUGUAAAUUAAUGACCAGGACACUGUCCAGUUCUCCCUUUGACUUAAGGUCCUUGAACGAGAAGUUGCAUUUUUGGUGGAAGAGAAGUGGACUUUAGCCUGGAGGAUUUGGCACAGAACGUAACUUAGUUUUCAGAGCAUAAAAUCAGGAGAAACAUGCAAUUAUUUGUGUAGCCAAGCGCUACCCACUCAUACCACAUGCACCACGUCACUUUCUUUUUUUGCAAAAACGAAGUUUGCAGAUAUUUUCUUAACAUUUGAUCUUCCUCAACUCGCAGCAACGGAAAGUUUCAAACUCACGAAUGGAAUAUAUGGAUCCAAUCCUAAACCACAAAGAUCUCUGCAGCCGAAGUUGGAUUUAUUUCUGAACUUGUGUUUUCUAAACCAAAAACCCAAAACAACUGUGCAUCCCAGUUUCUCUGACCACAUAUGCAUCUGAGGUUUCCAGGAAUUGGGGGCAUGAGUAUUUUCAUCUCACAUUAUCUCAGUGCAUACAUUUUGGAUAUGGACAGAAACCAGGGGCAAAAAAAUCUUUGUGUGCAUACUUAUGGAAAAUCUGCUCUAAGGAACAUUUAACUCAACCUGCAUUUUUUUUUUAUAGAAGCCCUAAGCUAUGCAUCAUUUUGCAUGAAUGGUAAUGUGUGGAUAAUUUCCUGUCGAGCUAGGCCAGAUUUUUUAACUGCAUAGGACACGCAAAAAACUCACUGGAGCACCAAGUAUUUUAGUUGGAAUACUAACAAUCUGAGAUCUUGUUGUGUUUUCCUGUGGUUUUAUUGUAAGCUCUGAAAAACAGCAGUCAUGAACUUGGGCAAAUUGUCUGGGCUGAAGAGCCUGGUUUCUCACUCCUCAGGGAGGCGGCGCUUUAAGGGUGAUCUGACUCCAGAUAUGAUUAGCCCUCCGCUGGGAGACUUCCGCCACACCAUGCAUGUGGGCCGCGGGGGAGAUGUGUUUGGCGACACCUCCUUCCUCAGUAAUCAUGGUGGUGCAGGAAACAACAGUGAUGGAGACUCAAUCACUGCCUCAGAGAAGAGCGAGGGCUUCUUCUCUCGCACUUUACGGCAUGUCCGCAAAACUCCAGAUCGGCCGAGAGGGGGUUCCAGAGACCUGUCCCCUCCACCUCCACCCAUCUCCCCUAUCAUAAAAAAUGCAAUCUCCCUCCCUCGCUUGGAUAUGGAUUCCCCCAAUGGCUGCCCGGUGAAAGUGCUGUUUCCCAGCACACCCAAACAACCUGAAGACAGCACUUAUUCAUAUGGUCUGGAGUCUGGUUUUGUCACAUUGCCCAGGCUGUCACGCUCAGAGAGGCCUGUGCAAAGCGCAACUCCUUCAUCUUGCUCUGCUGAGUUAAAGCUUGGCUCUCUCACAAAUUUGCCGCACACCCUCACUGUCCCAGAAUCCCUUAGCCCCUCUGAUUCCAUGACCUCCUUCACUGUCGACCUCGGCCCUUCGCUCAUGUCAGAAGUUUUUGCCAUGUUUGAUAGGCCCAGUGCUGAAACUAAUUGCAACCAUGAAGUGGAGUGCAAACCUGAGCCAUGGGCCAAUAAUGACACUGCAAUGACUGCAAAAACCUCUUUGGUGGAUUCACUUUUGAGAGAGGAUUCAGCGGGCCGGAGUCAUCUUUAUGGAGUAGAGUGGGGGAGUGGGGAUGUGAUGAAUGGGAAAUCCCUAAAACCGGUUAUGGUUGGUGAUCUUGUGCGCUCCUACACUGCUGAGGAACACGGCAUGGAGGCUAAAAGGUUCCAGGAGGCUGCAGAUGUGCUGGCCAGACAUUAUGGCAGUGGAACAAACAGGAAAACUGACACUCAAAGAAGACAACCUUACACUUGCCCUGAUGAGGAGGAAGAGAUCAAGGUCUAGGCCUGAAAGACAAACAACCACAAACUAUACAUUUCAUGUGCCAAAUGGGGAAGAGGUUUAUAAAAAUAUGAAAAUUGUAAGAGAACAAAAACAAACAAAAAAACAAACAAACAAAAAACACUAAUAACCAAGCUUCUCUCUUCCUUUAUGUUUAUAAUCU